UGAUUGAUGAAGUAUGAGCUCAGGGUGUGGGCUGGUUGCAGUCUUGGGAAGAUAAGAAAUCCAGGUGCCAAAGGUUACAGAGGCUGCAACAUUGUGCGGAGACAGGGAACGAGGCUAUUCCAUAGUACAUGACGGUCUUAAAGAGCUAGUUAAAGCACCUGCCAUGGCAGGAAUGGGCUACAGGAAUCUGUUACUGUUACUUAUAAUAGUGGAGUGUCUACUCCCACGAGGACAGACACAAUGGCUGAUUUUUGGGGAUCGGAACAAACCUAAAGAGACAACUCCAGCUAUGGCCUUAACAAUCUCCAGUGAAGACACAGGUAUGUGAGGGGCAUAGUUUACGCCUUUAACAAUCCUAAUGCAUGUUAUUUGCCUUUUUUGGAUUAUCUAGCACAAAUCAUGUGUUUGUUUUGUCCCAUAUACCUUUUCCCACAUUUCAGCCUAGAAAACAAUAUGGUUUCUGGCAUGUACAAAGCAGAAACAUAUAAAGGCAUUUUGAAAUAGAGUUCUAUAUUCUAGAGUUCAGAUUUGUAUUAAUGAUGAGGAAAAGCAACAGUAUCGACAAUGGGCCAGAGCAAUUUUAAGUUUAGUUAAAACUAAAUGUAAGGUAUGACAAAUGUAUAGACAAUAAUAAAAUUCUCUACUCUAAUCUAGGUUGUAUCUAAAUCCCACCAUGUCUACAUUUUCAUGUUUACUGUCUACUGAUUUGAUUUCAGUAUGUCUAUAUGUUCCUCUGUCUCAUAUUAUGUUUGUCUUUUCUUUUCUCCCAUUCAAUAGAAUAGACUCAGUGUGAUCUCUUCUUGGUGUAGUUGACAUUCCGAUCUUCUAUGUUCUCCCACUUCGUUGAAUAAUUUAGUAUGGUCUCUCCGUUAUGGUCUAGGUGAAGCAUCCUCAAACUGUGGCCCUCCAGAUGUUGCUGAACUACAACUCCCAUGAUUCUCUGGCUAUCUAUGUAAUUCAAAGAAUCAUGGGAGUUGUAGUUCAGCAAGAUCUGGAGGGCCACAGUUUGAGGACCCCUGGUGUAGGUGAGGGUUACUCAUUUCCUUCUUUUACACAUAGUGCCAUCUUCUCUAAGAUGUGCAAUACAACAGUCUUAACACCCAUCACCAUAAUCUAUACAAUGCAUCCAGGUUUGCUUUUUAUUGCUCUUUUACAAUGAAACUCUAUAGCAUGGGUAAUGCUGGCAGAACAUCAGGGGAGAUGCAGUCCACAACAUCUGGAGUGCUAAAGCUGUCUACCUCUGUUCUAUACAUAUACAGUACCUCCCCAGGCUUUCCAUACGAGUGAAACAUAUUAAUAUAUACUACAUUAAAGUUACCCCUUCUUGUGUAUGCUCCCCUUUCAGACCCAGAAUUUGAAUACGAUAGUGAUGAUAUCCUACUAACCAGAGAUCCAUUGCCUGAGACCCCACAACCUCCAGGUAUUUAUGAAGAGUUAGAAGAUAUCAAAUCCCAAAAAGAAAUUUCUACGAAACCAGCAACUCAAGAUCAACCACAUGUAGCAAGAAGGACAACAGUCUCCUCCAUACAACAUCAUGAACGAAAAAGUAAACUUGAUGUUCCAGAUGAGGAAAUUGUCCACACCAUACAAACUUCACACAAACCUCCAGAUGUAACACAUAUCAAAGAGUCGACUCCGCUCACUACUCAGAAACAGACUACCAGUCAGCUCAACUCAACAACAAAAAGACCUCACCAGGAUGACCAACUUAUAAGCGAGGUAAUCUUGUAUGAAAUAACUCUAAUCGGAUAGUCAUGUUAAAAUGCCAAUAAAAAUUGUAAUUUCCCUUUAAUCUCUGAAAAAUAUAACUUUUGCCAGUUAGAAAUAUAUUUCUUAUUUCUACGUUAAUCAUGGAGGUAAACAUUUAUGUGAAAGUAGUGUUUUGGUCUGAGAUUUCUGAAGAUUAUUGAUUAAUGUUUAUAACACAUAUUUUUGUAUACUCUGUGUACAAAGCUUCAGUGAAUAGUGUGCUUUGCAGCAAUACAAGUCUCGGAAAUUAUCUGCAGGCAUGUCCCACGGUCAAAGUCUGGUGGUAAUAACCUCCACCUACUCUAUGUAUUAAAAAAGAAUCUCAAGUUGCUUAGACUGAUAACUGUAAAGUGUAGAUUUAUACAUGAAUGGAGUCCCUCCUAUUUACUUAAGAAAAAGCCUUAUUUGUUUUCCAUUUUAUACAGAGCAUUUCUGGGGCAGAGGUCUAGAAAUGGGGCACUCACAAAGAACAUUCCAAUAGUUCCCAUAGUGACAUAUUCAUUUAUAUUGUUUUGCCUUAGAAUUGUUCAACAGAGCUUAAAGGAACACUGACAUUAUUUUUUAAUAUCUUAAUAUAAUCAUUUUUCAUAAAUAUCUUUAUAAGAUGCUGUCUCAUUCAUUUCUUGAUACGUGUAUUUUGAUUUUUUUUUUUUCAAGGAAUGAUUUGAUUUCAUUAUUUUCUUUCUGACGGUCAUCUUUAUGCAACUUUGGUCAGAUUAUUAGUUAUUUGACUCAAUCCUUAUUGCCUGACAGAAAAUGCUGCAGGCAGAAAGCAACAGACUGCUGCAAAAUAUAGUGUUGAACAUAGUGUUGGAUAACUGACAAUCUGACCAACGGUGCAUGAAAAUGACUAUUUAAACAAAAAAUGCCUAAAGAAACCACCAGAGGGCGCCAGACACCAGUUAAUUAAUUAUAACAUACCAAUUACAAAUAAUUACCAAUGGUAUAUUGUGGCGCUAUACCCUCCAGAAGAUGGGUUACUACCGCCUAAGACGUACCUUCCCAGUUGUGAAUAGCUCCAGAGUGAUUAUACCCUCUGUAACGGCACCCCCAGGCAUAAAAGGGGUUAAACCGCCGUUUAGUAGAUCUUCCCUUCCAGAGACACAGGCACAGCUACUGCAGAACACCAAUCCGCCGAACAGGAAACCAUAUGAAUGCUGUAAACAGCUGAAUAGGAAAAACCAUACGAAUAGUUUAUACUCCUAGCAGUCGAACUGGAACAGCAUACAAUAAAUCCCCCCCAAGAAUGAGACAAAGCUCCGUGUUGAGGGUCAAGCAGUGAACAGACACAGCUGUGGGUUUAUUGUUCUUAUGUACACAUUCUUACACAUUAGUACCACCCACAGGGUUUUGGAAAACAACCAAUAAACAUGUACAAUACACUCAGACACUCCAACACAAAAUCCUCCCCUCUGCCUGUGAUACAAUUACCUUACACAAUGGGUAAUGUAAUUAUCACCGGCAGAGAAAUAAAAUUUUUCCAUAUUAUUCAUAACUUUAACCCCUUAAGGACGGAGCCAAAUGUACACGGUGUGAACAAAAAAUGUAAUGUCUGUCCAACCUUAAUUCACCUCUUUCAUAUUAAAUGCACCCACCCUUAUUAUAUAUCAUUUUAUUCAGGGGAAACAGGGCUUUCAUUUAAUAUCAAACAUUUAGCUAUGAAACAUAAUUUAAUAUAAAAAAAUGGGAGAAAAUAAGAUUUUUUUUAAUUUUUUUAGUUCUACAUGACAUUUUAACGGUCAAUGUCAUAAUACUGUUUGCUUUUACUGCAAUAAAAUACACAUAUUUGUAUUCAGUAAAGUCUCACAUGUAAGACAGUACCCCCUAUGUACAGGUUUUAUGGCAUUUUGGGAAGUUACAGGGUCAAAUAUAGCACGUUACAUUUGAAAUUGAAAUUUGCCAGAUUGGUUACGUUGCCUUUGAGACUGUAUAGUAGCCCAGGAAUGAAAUUUAUACCCAUAAUGGCAUACCAUUUGCAAUAGUAGACAACCCAAGGUAUUGCAAAUGGGGUAUGCCCAGUCUUUUUUAGUAGCCAUUUGGUCACAAACACUGGCCAAAGUUAGCAUUAGUAGUUGUUUGCAGGGCCGUCUUUAAUAACGAAUGGACCCUGGGCAAGUGUUUGUUUGGGCCCCCUGUGCCCUGCCGCUCUCGCCCCUCACUCCCUGGUAUGCAAUCAUGGCAUCCAUCCCAACGCAGUGGCGGUACUAAAGUAGAAUGAAUUUUAUUGGGACCCCCAAUUGCAAGGUUGGACUAAAGGUAGAACCCCAUCUGUCGUGCAACUCCAACAAUGCUUUGACAGCUGGGACUCUACCAAUUUCCCAUGCUUGCAGGGUUGUAUUUAGCACUGAGCCAUGUUAGUAUGUUUGAAUGUAAGCAUGUGUUUGUAUGGAGUAUGUUUGUGUGAAUGUGUUUGUAUGUGGUACUGGAGUUUGAAUGCAAGUGUGCAUUUAUGUGUAGUGUUUGUUUUUGAAUGUAGGAGUGUGCUUGUAUGUAGUGUUGACGUUUCAAUGCAGGAGUGUGUUUUAUAUGUAGUGUUGAAGUUUGAAUGGAGGGGUGUAUUUGUAUUUAAAGUUGCGGCUCAGAUGCACAGGUACACACUCUGACGCACAAGCAGAUACACAGAUACAUACACUGACUACAUACAGAUAAACAGGCACAUACACUGACAGACACACUGACACAGGUACAUAUAUUGACACACACACAGACACAUACACUGGUAGACGUACUGACAGACAUACUGACACAGGCACAUAUACAGACAUACUGACACACAGACACAUAUACCGACAUACUGACACACACACAGACACAUACACUGAUCAACAUACUGACACACAUACACUGACAGAAAUACUGACACACACACACACACAUACACUGACACACAGACAUACUGGCACACAGACAGAUAUACUGACACAUGCAUACACAUGCACUAACAGACAUACUGCUGACACAUACACAUACUGACACACACAGAUAUACACACACAUAUAUACUGACACACAGACAUGCUGACACACACACAUACACUGACACACACAUACACUAACACACAAACACUAACUCACACAUACACACAUACAAACAAACCCCCAUGUGACAAACACAUAAACACAUACACUAACACACAAACACAUACACUAACACACAAACACAUACACUAACACACACACACACACAUUAACACACAAACACACUUUUUUUUUUUUUUUUUAAAUGUAAUCCCCCCAGCCUCCUUACCUUUUGGAGUGCUGGGGGGAUUCCCUGGGUCCAGUGGUGCUGCUGGGCUCCUGGGCGGGUGGCCGGUCGGGCAGGAAGGCGGGCGCGCGAGGGAGCACUCACUGCUUCCUCUUCAGCUCCCUCGCGCGCCGCGUAGGGAUGCCGGCGCCGGAAGAUGACGCCAUCUUCCGGCUCCGGCAUCAGUGCGGUGCGCGAGGGAGCUGAAGAGGAAGCACUGAGUGCUCCCUCGCGCGCCCGCCUUCCUGCCCGACCGGCCACCCGCCCGCCGGGGUCAGCGGGGCCCACGGGGCAGGUGCCUCGGGCCCCCCAAGAGAAACUGGGCCCGGGGCAGCUGCCCCGUUUGCCCCGCGUUAAAGACGGCCCUGGUUGUUUGUGUGUGAAAAAUGCAAAAAACACCAAUUUUGGCCAGUGUUUGUGACUAAGUGGCUACUAAAAAAGACUGGACAUACCCUGUUUGCAAUACCUUGGGUUGUCUACUUUUGCAAAUGGUAUGCCAUCAUAGAGGUAAUUUUCAUUCUUGGGCUACCAUAGGGUCUCAAAGGCAACGUAACCAAUCUGGCGAAUUUGAAUGUGAAAAAAAUGAAACGCAAGCCUUAUAUUUGACGCUGUAACUUUUGAAACACCAUAAAACCUGUACAUGAGGGGUACUGUUGUACUCAGGAGACUUAGCUGAACACAAAUAUUUGUGUUUCAAAACAGUAAAAAAGUAUCGCAAUAAUAUCGUCCUUGUAAGUGCUGUUUGUGCGUGAAAAAUGCAAAAAACAUCGCUUUUACUGGCGAUAUCAUCGUUGCAAUACACCCUACUGUUUUGAAACACUAAUAUUUGUGUUCAGCGAAGUCUCCCGAGUUGAACAGUACCCCCCAUGUACAGGUUUUAUGGUGUCUUGGAAAGUUAUAGGGUUAAAUAUAGUGCUAGCAAAUUACUUUUGGCAUGGGUUGUCAGGCAGGUCCCGCUAAUUGUAAUUAAUUAAGAUACCUAAUUAUGUAAAAAUAUUACAUAAAUAUAUAUGUAGAAUUAAUAUAUGCAUAUAUAUAUAUAUAUAUAUAUAUAUAUAUAUACGUAUGUGUAUAUAUAUAAUAUAAAAAAUAGAAUAUUCCUUGCACUCACGCUUAAGUAGUCCAAUUUGCCUUAUUAGGCUUGCCGGGUGCCAGUCUUUAGGGUCCUUCAAUGUAGUAUACAAAACAAAGCAGGCUGCACUCACGGACUUUCAAACUUCAAGUGUAAUUUUAUUCCAUCCAAGAAACAAAAACGAUCAACGUUUCGGCCCAUGCAGGGGCCUUCAUCAGGAUCAAACAGUACUGUUUGAUCCUGAUGAAGGCCCCUGCGUGGGCCGAAACGUUGAUCGUUUUUGUUUCUUGGAUGGAAUAAAAUUACACUUGAAGUUUGAAAGUCCGUGAGUGCAGCCUGCUUUGUUUUGUGUAUAUAUAUAUAUAUAUAUGUAUAUAUCUAUAUAAUUUUUUUAAAAUAUUUUUAUUUAUAUAUAGGUAUAUAAUAGUGAUAUAUACGUAUAUAUUUAUGUAUAUAGAUAUAUAUAUUAUUUCGUUCUACGUGUAUUUUGAUAUAUAUAUAUAUAUAUAUAUAUAUAUAUUAAUUUCACAAUACAGUUAGAACGAAAUAACACACAUCUAUAUAUAUUUUAAUUAUUUAUUUUUAAUUAUUAUUUUUUUAAUUUUAUUUUUAACGUAUUUUACAUUUUUAUUUUUAUAUAUUAUAUAUAAAUAUAUAUAUAAAUACAAUUAUAUAUAUAUAUAUUUAAUCAGUAUCAGUUCACGUAAUUUAAUAUUACUAUAUAUAAUUAUAUAUAUAUUAAUAUAAAAUAUACCUGUGACGGGGUAAUGCAGUGUAUGUAUAUGUGUAUAUAUAUAUCUAGAUCAUAUAUAUAUAUAUUAUAUAUAUAUAUAUAUAUAUAAUAUAUAUAUAUAUAUGAUCUAAGUAUAUAUAUUUAUUUUUUUUUACACUCCCUGGGAGUCCCCGAACCGAUCGCCGCAUGGGAUCGCCGCUACCGGUAGAGAAAAGACCGAUAAUGCGUUAUUACGCCCGGGCGCUAGAGUCGCUUAGAAUAGGGCGUAAUAUGCACCCACCGGUCUUAUGCGUUAAAAGUAUGCAUCACAUUCACAUAAAACAUACAUUUCAGAAUCAGCAUACUCCAAAUACAAACAUAUGUCAAAAUCAUCCAAAUUGGUCCGGUGGUUCAAACGAUAGAUCGUAGUCCUUUGUGACCAAAGGAAGCAUGGCUUUUCUGCCCAAAACCAGUUCCACAGAGUCUUCUAUCCUGGAGAUAAUUGGGAAGUAAUCCAAUUAUCUCCAAGGACAGAGACAAAACUCCAUUAAGCACAUGGCAGUAAAAAGACAGUAAAAUACAAUAAAAUACACAAGGUUACAUUUAUUACAUAAAAUACAGACAUGCAACAUAUCUCCAGAUAGCUUAGGUCUGAGCGCACAUUAUUACUGAAUGGCGCUCAGACUACACAUAUACAGUUCAAUCGCCAUGGAGCCAAAGUCUUUUAUUACACGAAUAGGCUCCAUGGCAUAGCUAUCUGGGUUAAAUGAGUUAAUUCGGUAAAUCCGAGAAUCUACCGAACGCCAGGGCAGAAAUACAGAAAUAGACCUUUCUGCAUAGGAAAAUAAAGUAUUUAAAUGCCAGUCCAUAGUCAAAAGGCAGCAGGCAGGCAACCAGGCUCCUCCAAUGCACAGUGGCGAGAUUGGUCUCGUCACACCCUCCUGCAUAGGUUACGCUGUCUCAUCGAAACUCUAGUCGAGACUUAGUGAAGGGUGAAUAAACUGUUUUAUUAGAUCCAUGCACACUGAAUUUAUACACAGACCCCUAGCAUAGGGUCUCCAUUCAAAAUAACACAAGCCCGCCUAGGCUGGGAAAUAAGUGUGUCAGCUCUCGGUUAAACUAAUUAUCUACCGGACACAGAAAUACUAAAAAUUAACAAAAACAUAUAAAAUACAGUAAACACCCCCACAUGUCAUACAUCCUUGGAAGGUUUCUCUGGAGCGCCCCCACCCUGAUCGGAUCGGUCUAGCCCUAAUUAGAUGAAAGUCCAGAGUUCAGCAGGACGUGGCCAGCCUCCGAUCCGGCACAGGGCUCCAGAGUGCUAAGUAGAGAUUCACGGUCACCUAAAACCAUAGCUCUUUCCGUGGGUACAUGGAGCUCAACCAAGUUUUUGGUGUCUUGGAUGCCUCAUUACCCCCUCUAUCAACCUUCCAAAAAGCGCUCUGUUUGCUGGUUCAGGGGCCGAGAGCACUCUGAUUGUAGUUUCUUUGGACUGCAGCUACUCUGAGAUCCGCUCUAGAGUUCCAUAAGAUUUCAGAGCUACUCUUGGAUCCUGCAUAAUGUGUCUUCCUGGCUUGCUGGCCAUUAUAGGUUGCUUCUUGUGCCGUAAACAAGUCUGGUUGGCUCAGGAGACACGGGAUGGAGGGUCAGUAUCUAGUGACAAUAGUCUUUUUGGAGAGGGUGAGAGUUGGGGACAACAGUACCUGGAUUAGGUUACCCGAAGGUUUGUCACAAAUAUAAACAGUCUAAGUCAAAUAAAAUUCUGCACUUCCUUAGGAGCUGACAGCCACUGAGGAAGUCUGGAAUUUUACUAGGACGAAACAUGCUGAGCUCUUUACGUUUGUGGCUUCCCACCUUACUAACGAGCAGAAAAGGGCUCCUUGACCUCCAUGGGUGUUCAGGACUGAAGUCCUCAAAAUUUCUUCUAUGGUGGCACUAGAAGCCAGUAUUGCCCAUUUCUUUGAGUUUGUACAAUACCAUUUGUGAGUGUUUUUAUAUGUCAUUAUUUUUUAACUUAAUAAAUUGUACUAUACCAUGAUCGCUUUUCAUUUCCCCUGUUUGAGAUUAUUUUAGAACUUGGAAUUCUACUAAGACUAAGUUCAUAUGCCAUUGGUAAUUUUUUCUCAUUGGUAUAUUAUAAUUAAUUAACUGAUGUCUGGCGCCCUCUGUGCCUAUGGAUGGUUUUUGUAUGCAUUUUUUUAUAUGUUAAUUUGGGGAUUUUCUAUUGGAGUGAUCUUUUGAAUUAAAGCAUUAGCACUUGGGACAUUGUAAGCUGCCAAAAUUGCUUUAUACUGUUGUUUCUUUGCAUCCAAAUGGCUGUCAGAGAUGGAAUUGGGCAAAAGUAGACUAGUCAUUUCUUAGUCAACCAUAAAUUCGAUAUACCGGAAUUAAAAAUGAAUGCGAUGAAGGGGGCCUCGGCAUAUGUGGCGGCUUGGGAGAGGGACUUAGGGCCACCGGACGACCCCACGGACUGGCAAGAUAUCUGGGAGGCAACGGCCUCAAUAUCCAUAUGCGUUAACCAUAAGGAGCAAGCGUAUAAAACACUGCUCCGAUGGUACCUAACCCCGGUACGUUUGUACCAUAUGGGCAAGGCAGACGCGGACCUAUGCUGGAAAAACUGCGGGCAGAGAGGCACAUACAUACACACAUGGUGGCAUUGCCCUAAACUGGUCCCAUUGUGGGCGGAAGUAGCUACCCUAGUCUCAACACUCCUCCAGACCACCAUACCAUUAGACCCCUGGACCUGGCUCCUCUCCAGACCACGAGAGGACCUGACCAGAGCCCAAAACAAAAUGACAAACCGGAUAGCCUUAGCGACUAGACGGGCAAUAGCCGAAGUAUGGGGUUCGCCAAACACCCCCACACUGCAAACGAUCAUACGCAAAACCAAGGAAGCAAUACACAUGGAUAGGCUAUCAGCCAUAAUUCAUGAGACCUCUAAACACUUCCACAGAAUCUGGGACCCCUGGCUAUCCGAUCCCCACCUACAAUAAGGGCACACGGACAGCCUCCACCUCACCCACCAGGCCCGCUACUCCAACAUAGCGAUCAAAAUACCAACGCACGGAAACUCACAGUACAAAUAUUACCCCAACCCGAACCAUUGGAUGUCUACUGGGCUCCCGAAAUAGUGUCCCACCAUGGUACUCUCACCCUUGUACAUAGGUUCUCCACCCCCCCCCCAACUGACUACCCAGACGCAGGGGCGCCCAUUAGUACGCAACGAGGACGAUAAAAAUAGUCAAUAGGGGGCAUCCCAACCUACCACAAAACUGUUAACGAGACGAGCCGCAAAUCUCAUACGGCCACCAAUACAGACUGGUCCAAACGAAUUGGGCAAAGGGAAUAAGUCCAAAACAGAAAUCCCUGAACCCCGCACUAUUGCACGAUAAACGCCUAACCAACGGACCGCACCAAGACACAACUACUUGUUCGCAACACCCUAAGGCGCAAAGACAAGUAAAAUAUUGUGCUCCUGUAUCAUUGUGGCUGUUUCACCCCCUCCCUCUUUCAUUUCUGUACCCUAAUGUUUUCUUUUUCCACACCGGAAAACAAUAAAUAAAGAAUGUUUAAAAAAAAAAAAUGAAUGCGAUGGUAUAUUAUAACAGAAAUAUUGUAUUAAAAUAUUAAGUAAAAUGUUAAUGUCAGCAUUCCUUUAAAUGAGUAAGUAGCACCUCUAGAAAUUGAUACCUGGCAUUUUAUAGCACCUUUGCAAUGAUCAAAAGAAAUAUAUUAACCUAUGGGAUUACCCACAUAGAUUACUUAAAGAGACACUCGAAGUAGCAUAGCAUAGUGCAGUAGUGGUUAUGGUACCAGGAGUGCCCUGGCACCACCUAUUGUAAGUAGUCAAAACAUUUUAUGGCACUGCUCCCCACCUCCUGUCAGCCUUCAGGAGAGCCAAAAGCUCUAGUUUAGGAGUUACUGUUAGCUCUCUCAAGCUAAGGUAAGAUCUGCCUGGUACCACUCCCUGCCUGCACUACUUCCACGAGAGACGUAGGGCUGUGCAGGGCUGAUUCAUUGGCUGAGAGCAUCAGCGGAUCGCUCUCAGCCAAUGAGGUAUGCUCUCCACCACCAGUUUGAGGUCCGUUCAAGACAGGACAAGAUCUUGAUAAACACUCUUUUUGAGAUGGAACAUUUUUUACUUUCCAAAAAAGUCUGCCUUUGGACAUCAUGCCAGUGUCCAGUCCUUCCUUUGUACUAUUGUAGUGUUCCUUGAAAGCUCUAUGCAGUCAACUGAAGCUGUGUUCCAUAUUAGAUACCCGUGUUGUACAUUACCUUGUGAUGUCAGGGGAAAUCACACAUAAUUAGGAAGUACUUUACAUCACGUUCUUACAGCAUUUAUCCCCCAAACAAACACGUAUGCUAUUCUAUCUUGUUCCUUAACACUCAUAGGAAACUGAGAGAGUGAAACCACCACAACCAGUGUCUACACCAGCUAUUAAAACUCCAGGAAACGGUAAAGAGGAAGAAUUUAGGACACACUGGAUAAAAGGGGAUCUAGGUGAGUGUUCCAUUUAAAUGUAAACUAGUGAUCAUUUAUAUUUUAAUGCUCACAGAUACUUUCUGGUGUGGAAUUAACAAUUUGUUCUUAUCUUCGUAUAAGCUAACAGUCAUUUAUCCAAAAAAUGUCUAAUUUACUCUCAUCUUCCUUUCUGUACCUGUAGAAAAAGCACUUCUUAUAAAAUAUAUAUUACUCUACUUCUUGGGUGGCUUGCCGUAAUGUUAAUAUACAAAUAUUCUACAGUAUUUAUUAUAUUUUAUUUAUACUACUAAACUAAUUUCCUUCACCACCAUACCUUAUACAUCACCUUCUAUUUCUCCCCAUAGGAUCUUUUGAGGACAAAGAGCUUGAUAUAUAUCAGGUCAUAGAUGGAGUGCUAGGGAUAACAAAGUCUCACUCAGAUCCAAACAAGGUAACACAUCCUUCUCUUGGCUGAAGUCGAUAUUACUAAUGAUGUGGCAUUGUAUGUUGGGUUAUAUUUCAUAGGAAUUUUCUCAUCAGUAUUGUGUGUCUUUCAUAAUGCACUAGUAAGCACAUAUAGCCUUAAUUGACUGUAUGUGUAUAUGGGACACACAUAUUAAAUUUAUUGUAAUUACAUUUUCUCUUGAUGGUACUUAUGUUUACUGUUUUCUUGAAGGAUUGAAAAGGUUACGGUUUUUGUAUGUUAUGCAACCAAAGGCAAAAUAAUCCUCUUUUACCUGUUUAAAAGUUACAAAAUUAACAGGAGAGGUGAACAGGUUGAAUUUUUUGCACAAAAACAACAAAAACCUGGCAUAGAGAACAGAACAGAAACUAAGUUGGAACUCAUUAAUAUUCCAAAACAAUCAAAAGAUAUACAUAAGAUAAAGUAGGAAGUACCACAUCCUAUCAUGAACAGGCAUCAUCUUCUCUUCUCUCGAGAUCAAAGUGUUUGAAGUGCGAUAGUACUGAGGCCAUGCAAGGCAAACACUCCACAGCAAAGGUGUUAAGUUGAUAGAAAUGACUAACUUUGACAGCAGAAAAUGUUGUUUUGUGAUUGUGUUGAAAACAAACUUGUAAUAUCAGUCAAAAUAAAACAACUUGGGAUUGUGAUUCAGGCCUCAAUAGUAAGUAAUUGUAAGUGGACAACAAAGCUUCACAAUUUCGAGCAAACUAACUCAACGGAAAUAAACAACUAUUUAAAGUGGCAGUGUCACCAUCUGGGUACUUUGCAGAAUUUGCACACACACUAAACUGUGACAACAUUGAGGAUCUGGUGGCCGGGGGACUGACAAAGCGAAUUCCAUGCAGCCGUCACUGGUGAUGCCAGGGAGGAUUCUAGACGGCUGUAGCUCAGCCCCAGUCCCUACAUUGUCUUAGUAUAUCUUUUGACUGGGAUGGAAUUUCAGUGAAAUUCCUACACAGUCAAUAUGAGAGUUCCAUAAAGAUUUUAUCUUUAUGAAACACUAAUUUUUCGGGCAGGGGUGGUGUGAGAGUACCGCUUUAAAUUCGAUUGUCAACUCACAGCUCAUGUUCCAACUAGCCGUUUAAUUCUGUGUUUGAAUGCCAUUAGAUGAAUAUACAGCAAGGUAUAGAUAUAUUUAAUGAAAUGCCUUCCUAUAUUCCUUUGUUUUUUCCAGUCCGAUAUUUCUGCCUGUGUAUGUCCCGUUGUAACUGGACCACCAGGGCCAAAGGUUAGUAAAAAGAAGUGUUUUAAUAUAAAGCACAUUAAGUAAUAUUUAUCUAUGUUUUUGCUCCAGCGAAACAUAAACCCUCUGUAGUCCGUAUGUCCUGAAGGAUGAGAUACUUCAUACUUUAGAAUAAGUAUGCCCAUUGGUAAGUCACCUGCCAUUCUGGUACCGCAACUUUGAUGAUACUUUUUCAGUCCAUGCGUGACUUAUUUCUCAUGAAAGCUGUUGUUUCAAUUUUUCAAGAGCUAGUGAGCUAACUUUUGGCUCUCCAGAAAAAAAAAGUAGAGGGUUAUGUAUGAUGGGCAGUUGAGGCUAAAAGUUCUAAAAGUGGAACAAUCAGCAAAAAUAUUCAAUUUCUUUGUAUAGUGAUGGAAUGUUCUCUCUUCUUGCUCACAUUUAGAGCUUUGUAUCAGAAGUUAUUAUUACACACAGCUGCUAUAAUCUCCAGAGAACGUCUCACAAACUAGUUGAGCUUUACCACCACAAUAAAGGGGCUUUAGUAAAUGACCAUAUCCUAUUAAAAAAAAAAAAAAGGGGAAAUGCCAUAUUGGGUAUUAAACUAACUUAGGUAUUUCCAAAGCCAUGUAUUUAAACUCACAUGUGUGCGGUCAAAAACAUCAUGAAGUGUGUGCUUUGCGACCAGUAAGGACCUAAAAAUAAUUGAUAUGUCAUCAAAUGGGUACCCAUUCUAAUUUGUGUGGAUGCUUCCAAAAAAAAUUGGGUUUUGCUUAAAAAAAAAAAAAAUGUAUGUAUGUUUUCAGGAAAAUUUUCAUAGUUACCGUAAUUUCCUUUUCCUUUGUAUUAUUCAUUGCAACAUUGUUUUCUCUCCCUGAAUUUUGUUGGACAUGUUACUUGACUGUAGAUCACAGUCACAGGCUACUGGAGACCUACUUAUAUCUAUGUCUUCAUUUAUUUUAAUUGAUGCUCCUGUCCUAUUGGCUGAAGGGGGGAGCUAACCCAUUAGUUAAAUGCUGCCAUGGUUAGCCAAAGAAAAAUUAUGAACAAAAACAUAGUGGAAUCAAAUAUGGAUUUUAAACAGGAGAAAUUGUCUUUUUUCUGUAUUGCAAAUACAUGUGUUUUCUUUUCUUUACAACUCUUUCGAGACAUGAACAGAAAAUGUUUCCUUUUUCACUUGGACUUUGCAAGUCAUUAAUUGCCACUGCAUAUUUCUUCAAAUGUAUAUUAUAGUCUUCCCAUAAUUUAUAUUUCAAAAAUAUCUAUAAUCUACUACUCUAAAGUUGCUCCAAAGUAAUUAGCCGUAUUUAUGAAAGAUUUGUGCUUAACAGGGUGAAACAGGAGAAGUUGGUUCUCCAGGAGCUCCUGGACUUCCAGGCAGCCCAGGUCGCAUCGGGGAGAGAGGAUUAGAUGGACAACCUGGACUACCUGGUCCUGAAGGACCACCCGGCCCACCAGGGUUACCAGGGUACUCUGCAGCAGGGGCCUCCACUGCCCUUGAUGAAGACAAUAAGGUGAGGAGUAUAAGAAUAGAUGUAAAAGGUUGACCAUGAUUUGUAUAUUGUAUAUUUAAUAUAAACUAUUUUCUUUAAAAUGGGAAUAUUUUUCUUCCCAUUGAUAUUACAAAAUAGAGGCUUGCAAACAUAAAUAGAUAUGCUUUUUCCAUUCUCCAUUAUCUCUUAAACAUAAGGCUCAUUUAUUGAGCCUUGUUAAUGCUUCUGCUAUAUUCAAGUAAUAGAAGAUCCACCGCCCUUAUUGCAGAAUCUUAUAUCUAGUCGGAAAUGGUGGGAUAGUGCAUAUUCUCUUUCUUGAGUGCAAAAGCACUCGAAGCUGGUCAUCAGUUAUGAAUAUACCUAAAUAAUUACCGAUUAAUUUAACUAAGCUAUAAAGUCAUGUGGUGUAUGGCAGGAAUGGGAUACUACAGACGGGUUACCUUAAAAAAUCCCUAAAACACAUAGUAUUAGAGAAGUCUAUCAUCUCGCCCAUCAACUGCUUAAGUUGUAUGACCUUCCCCUGCCAUCUCCCAUCUAUUGGGCGCCUUCCUCCCAAACAUCCCUCCCAUCCUUUCAAAUAUAUAUAUAGAUCAUUUAAUUUCUUUUAGUGUAAUUUCCAAAUAUGAAUUCAUGCAUAUUUCUACAUUUUACACAAACCUUAUUAUAAUUUUAGUGUUAACUUUUGUAAAUAUUUAUAUUAAUUAAGUUGUGAUUUUUAUUGAGUCUAUUAUUCUAUGUAAGGUUAUAUAUAUGUACAUUAAUUCAGUACGUACACACGUAUAUACCUACAUAUGCACAAAUGUAUGCAUACAAAUACACACUUACACAUAAAUAUAUGCACAAUUAAAUUUCUUUCAUAUUUCUAAAGUUUUCUUUUUUUCCCAUUUUUUCCCUCCUCCCUCUUUAUCUUAUUAUAUAUCAAUUAUUAUCUACUGAGCUGCUUGUUUUUAUAUCUGUGUUUCAUUCUUCACUUAUUGAUUCUAUAAGUCGGCUAUUAUAUAUAGCAUUCCAUUAACCCUUUUCCCAUUAGUGGGAAUAACAUUUCUCCCAUUUCCAACCUACUUUGCCCAUCAAUUUUAUUCAUCUGCAUCGUUUAAUAAUGUAUAUCUCUCUUUUCUAAACCUUAAUUUUCUUUUUUAUUUUACCUAGGUCCCUUUCUCUUCUCCUUCCCCUCACCUCAUUUCCCCUCUUUUGUUUACCCAACUCUUAUUACUAACAAUGUUCUUUGCCAAUUAACAAAAAGUAUGAAGGAGAAAAAAAGAGGUAAAAAUGAGAAAAAUACUGGUAUAUCUACUAAAGUGCGUUCAUCUGUGUCACAGCUCCUUUUUUCUUUUCUUCCUCUGUGGAUGUGUUAUCCAUGGUUGAUUCAGGAGUUGUGGUGUUGCAAUCCCCUCUUUCAGUACUCUUGACCAUUCUUGUAUGUUUGGAACUUAGAUUUGUAGCUUUUCACAGAACUUUGGAACGUCUUUAGGGGUUUUAACAACAAAUAUAUCCAAGUCUCUCUUGACUGUUAUAUUUAAUGGGAAGCCCCAUCGAAAUAGGAUGUUUUUUCAUUUAAUAAAUCAGUUAAUGGUUUAUCUUUGUCUUGCCAAUAGUGUUGAGCAUGAUAUAUCAGGAAAAAUCUGAAUCGUUGCUUCUCUAUACUGUAUGCUCUAUUGUUGUUUAGUUUUUCUCAGUAUUCCUUCUUUUAGAGCAUAUGAGUGAAGACCGCAUACAAUAUCUUUUGGGAUGGAAUUAGAUAUUUCUUUAGGCUUUAGAAUGCGAUGCGCUUAGUCGAGCAGAUAUUAUGCAGUAUCUUCUCCGGUGUGCUCGGUGUCCUUGCCGUUUCUUAUUCAUUCUUGGUCAGUCGGAGGGGAGAUUGAUAGGGGCACCAGAAAGGAUUUAAAUCUUUGUGUUGCUUCUUUCUUCUCCUUCUUAGUAGUAUUGGGGAUGGAGUUGGCUUUUUUGUUUUUGUCCAUUUAUUUAUUUUUUUGGUAUUAGGUCUUGUGGAUCUCUUCAGACGUUCGGUCCUUCCUAAUAGCUCGCUGGCUCUGGACCUCGUCAAAGCAUGUGCUCUCACAUCUUUUUCUGUUCACGCUCUAAGAUCUAUUGACUUUCCUUUCCCACUGUGUAUUUGUCCCUCAUUCAUUUAGGUUGUAAGCUUGUUUGGGCAGCACCAUCUUCAUCUACUGUUCCCAUAUGUGAAGUGUUUUGUUAGAAUAAUUUGUAUGUGUUGUUUUAGCUAUUGUACAGCGCAGCAGAAUAAAAAUGUGUAAUUAUAAUGUGUAUAAUAAUUUGUAUAAUAAUGUGUAACAUAAUGUGUAUAUAAUAUAUAACUUCAAAAAGUAAUAGUUGUGUUGCCUCAUAUUUUAUGCGUUCGUCAAACACAAGGUACUUUCAAAAAAACUACAUACAAUUAUUUAUUUUUUGCAGGUUUUUCCAGCAGUGGCUGGCCCUCCAGGGCCUGAAGGACAACGUGGAUCUAUGGGGUUUCCAGGCCCACCAGGAUUACAAGGACCUGAAGGGCCACAAGGUCCCCCGGGGACUCCAGGACUUCCGGGUCUUUCUGGACAUCCUGGAAAUUCUGGUCCAGAAGGACCACGAGGAGAAGUAGGUCCUGUGGGUCUACCAGGUCCAAGAGGUUUUCAAGGGGCACCUGGGCCACAAGGCUUUGAGGGCCAGAGAGGACCUGAAGGCCAAAGAGGACCAGAAGGACCACCAGGACCUCAGGGACCCUCAGGAAUACAGGGAAUGCAGGGACUCCCUGGCUCAGAAGGGACCCCUGGCAUGAUCGGAUUACCAGGUUUGCCAGGAAUGGAUGGAUCUCAGGGUCCUCCAGGUCCUGAGGGUCCAGAAGGCGCUGCUGGAAUACAAGGUUUACCCGGGACAAAGGUACUGUAGCAGCUGAACAAAUAAUUUCUUCCAUAUAACAUUUUUAUGUGUUUACUUUCUUAAGGUGUAUUGUUUUCGAUAUAUGAAUAACAUAUUGGUAAUCAAUGUAACAUAAAUCCUGAAAAAUAUUCAAAACUUGACCUCUGAACAAGAAGAACUGGAUGGUUAAAUAUAUGCAACAUUUGGUUCUCACCAUGUCCAUUUGAUCAGUCAUCAAUAUCUCAUUUAAAAAAAAAACGGGCAACAGGAUUAUAGCUUACGGUAAACAUUUUUAGUGGCAUAUAUUCUAGGAACAACACAUUUCAUGUACAAUGGUGCCACUCAUCUGAUCUGACAGCAAAUGUAAUUUCUGGACAAUAGUACAUAGAAGAGGAUUGUCAUAAAUUAUGUUACUUGUGCAGCAUCUGAGAUAUUGAUCAGUAUUGCAUAACUUCCAGUAAUAGAAGACAUCAGAAAAAGACAAUGGCACCAUGCAUCCACUGGCCUUAUCGCAGAAUCCUAUUUCUAGUCGGAAAUGGUGGAAUAAGUGUCCCUAUUUUGUGCCCAAAUCCCUCUGUCCCCCUUUUCUCUCCUAAUGUCCCUCUUUUCUAGGGGCGCUCUAUAUUGUUGGUGUGUCUGAGUAUAUAACAACGCUCCACAGCAAUGAUACUCCCAGUAAUGUGUCUUUAAACGAUAAUAAAUGCGUUUAGAAAUCAGACUGUGUAAUUAAGACACAUUGUUCUUGUUCAAAAUGACCUUUUAGUUGCAUAAAGUGUUAUUAGUAACUCACUUAAAAUUUCCCAGAACAGACCCACUCAACCCCCUACUUACACCCCAAAAAUUUAAAUAUCACUCUUUGUCCAUUUGACACGAUGGAAGGUAUGGUAGUGGUCAGAAAUUCCAAAAUUGCCAAAGUAGCUGAAUUAGAAAAAUUCUCAAAGUUUAUCUAGUUUUCAGUUUGGCUAUUUGGCCUAAAAUUAGAAGUUCACUAUGAAUUAACAGUAAAUUCUUGGCAAUUCUCACAUUAGUAAAUAACCCUGCAAGUGAAAAGUCCCUUUCUUUCUUUUGUUACAACUAUUUUGACGUAAACCAGUUUGAGUAAGCACAAUUACAUCAUUUUACACUGAGCAGCAAAUUCUGGACCAUAUUCAAAACGCUUUGUGCUAAGACACAUUUGUUUUCCGUGCUAUAAGGCACUCUAAACAUCAUAGCCACUACAGUGCCUUUUUAACAAAUCAAUAGGCCAUUUCCUGUACCCAAUGGCAACAGUCCCUGGAACCCUGAUGACUCCUGUAGAGUUAGAGUAUAAUAAAAUACAUCAAUUAUCUAAAUACCAUUAUUUAUGUUCUAUAAACUUCCUUACUCUAUUCUAGUCUAAGCUUCUGGUUCAUGUAAUGUAAGCAUCUACAGAUGAAAAAAAUAAUGGCUGCUGCUUUCCUUCAUGUCCCAAACAAUAUUUAUAUAUUAAUGAAGUUAUUUAGAUUUUAACAUUACAUGUAUAAGUAAGUGGGCUGCUUUUUCCCAUCGUGGGUCCAUCAGAUUUUCGCUUCUCAAACAUAUUGUUUAUUGCCCACAAUUCAUAUGAACUCUACAACAUUUUGAUUAGCUCAGGAAAUACCUAUGUGAGCUAAGCCACAGCAUCAUUAAAGGAUCACUAUAGGGUCAGGAACACAAACAUGUAUUCCUGACCCUAUAGUGUUAAAACCACUAUCUAGCCCCCCUGGGCCCCUCAUGCCUCCAUAAAUAUAGCAAAAUCUUACUGUAUUUAAGCCAGAAGCUGUAGAUCUGCAUGCUGUUUGACUCAGAAAAAAAACAAGCUGCCUGCUGACAUCAUCAGAAGUGGUAGCCUGAUCCAAUCACAAUGCUUCCCCAUAGGAUUGGCUGAGACUGACAAGGAGGCAGAUCAGGGGCAGAGCCAGCAUGAUUCAAACACAGCCCUGGCCAAUCAGCAUCUCCUCAUAUAGAUGAAUUGAAUCAAUGAAUCUCUAUGAGGAAAGUUUCAGUGUCUGCAUGCAGAGGGAGGAGAUACUGAAUGUUUGGAUGCAUUUUAGGCAGCUAUGACCCAGGAAGGAUUUCUAACAUCUAUCUGAGGAGUGGCCAGUGACGUUAUCACUAGGCUGUAAUGUAAACACUGCAGUUUCUCUGAAAAGACCGUGUUUACAGCAAAAAGCCUGAAGGUAAUGAUUCUACUCACCAGAACAAAUUCAAUAAGCGGUAGUUGUUCUGGUGACUAUAGUGUCCCUUUAGUGGUAUAGAAACCAGAGAAGGGAGUGUACAGGUGUAACACACUGUGGAGGAGUAAAACCUUGAACCUUGUACCUCGAAGAUGUAAACUUAUGUAUAUUUUUUUUUAUUAUUUGUUAUUCAUCACUUUCUUCUAUUACUUUUAUAGUGACUUCCUCAAUGAAUCUUUUUUUAAUCCAACAGGGAGAGAAAGGUGAUACGGGUAUGCUAGGACUACCAGGUUCCAUUGGCGCACCUGGUGAAAAGGGAGAAAGAGGUAUGCCAGGUCAACCGGGAUCCUCGGCUGACGCUAAGUGCUGCAAUGUGAGUACCGAGUUGUAUGUAGUAAAUAUCUGAAAAGCAAGUACAGAGCAGCGUAUGGUUUAAUAGAAAUAUAAAAAUUUUAUUUGUAUGCAGGAUAACGGCAUUACGUCACCUCCUGAACAAUAUGUAGGACUUCCAGGAUUAAAGGUGAGAAUCAUCUAAGUAUAUGCGUGUGCCAUGUUAUAAGAGGGUGCCCAAAAGUUCCAAACUGCAAAUUCCAUGAUGAUCCAACAGCCUUUAGUUCUAAAACAUCUGAGAUUAUAACUUUUGGGCUUCCUUGCUGUAAGAAUUCUUAUACCACAAUUGGAUAAUAUAUGACUGUGUAAUAGAGUUUAUGUGUUUAAACACACCUUGACACUCUUUACGCUUGCCACAAAUACUCUAGAAUUCACAGAUAAAGCCAGGCUCUCCAAUGACACAUCCAUCUAUUCUGUGUAUAUAAAGAACACAAAAAUAUAAAUCAAUACAUUCUUGGCCAUAAGGCAUGCUUUACAGUCAAAAUACGUCAAUAGAUAUUCAAGGAUUUCUUUUUUUUUCCCACAUCCCUUAUGGAUCCUACAUGAGUCUACAUGUAUGUGGUAGAGGGAGGGAAUAGCGCUUUAAGGAAUUCUCAGAUGAUGAUAAAUGUGUAAAGAAAUAAAAGAGAGAAAAAAUAAACUAUAGUGCAGUAUCUGUGGUGUGAGUGGGUAGGAGAAAAAAAAGGAAAGGCACUUACAGUGUGUAGAGCUAGAAUUAGCUCUACUUUAAUACGCCAGGGGAGUUCAAUCCCCGUCAGGGGAAAUCGUAUGUGUUCCUUAAUCCAAUGGCAAGUGUUCCAGAGAGCAUGAGAAAUAAACAGAAGACAAAUCCCUAUCUAGUGUAGUAUAUUAGGAUACUGAAGUAGAAUAAAAAAUGUGUGGAAAUACACUCAUAAUAUACAGCCUCCAAAUGACUCCCAGAAAGCAGCAUAAAGUCCCCACUUAAGUAUCUUGUUAGCUGGUAGGAGAUCUUGUGAUGUAUUAUGUAGAUAAAAACAGAAGAUAAAAGGUAUAGUGCUCACUGGUAUUAAAAAAUUUUAUUGGAGCAAAAUAUUGGGUUUUUUUUCUCAGUCCAGAGGGCCCAGGUGGGUGGUGCCUUCCCCACCAAAGGAAAAGGUUUUCUGGCUCCAAAGAAAAGUGAGGGUAGGUCCAGAGGUAUUAUUAAAAAACAACUGAUUUAUUAGCUCUAAAAAAUAAAUAUUGAGAAAACCUUGUUGAAGAUGAAAUGUGUUAAUGAUUACUAUAUUGCUUUAACUUUUAUAUUUAUUUUUAAGAGCUAAUAAUCAGUUACCAUCAACAUUCACAACACCCACGACCCAACCUUAUGAAUUGCUGUCUUCCUGAAAAACCAUUCUUGAAUCCUUGAACUCCAAAGAAAACUUGAUGACUCCUAAAAUAAGGUUCCACCGUAUGAGUCACAUUUCCCCCUCUCUCUGUAAACUUUGCCAACUAUGCAAGUCGAGAUUUCAAGGUGAAAAAAAACCAUAAGCAUGCUGCAUUGCAAGGUAUUCAAUGAAACCCUGCCUAACUACGACAUGACCAUUCUUUAAUAUCAGAUGGUUGAUUGGAUAAUCAGCUGCUUGAUGUGAAAAGAAAUUAAAAACUAGAAUCCUAAUGUCCCCCACUACCUAUCAAGAUUUGGGGCUUAAGAACACCACAUUUGGGACAUUCAUCCCCACCAAAGCUCCCCCCACAGCCAUGUUUUUGCCACCUAAUUAAUUUUGAGUGUGAUGACACACUAAAUGCGCUGGUUUAAACUUUUCAUUUUUAAAAUCACAAUCCGUAUUACAGAAAUAUUAAGACUAACUUUAGAUGUCAGUUGUCUGGAUGAAGGCAGCAUUGAUUAUUCUGAAACAUUCAUGGUGACAUCCAAAUAAAUAAGUUAAAGUGUUUAUAGGACUGGUAUAGCAACAAAGAUCACUACAUAACCUACCACCAGUUGUCUUAAUUACUCUGUCUAUAAAAUAAAUUCGGUCCAGGCACACAGGACUGCUGCAGGAAGGCAGGUUUAUUGGAACAAAAAAGUGCAACGCUUGAUAAAGCCUCUGUGUAGGCCGAAACGUUGCACUUUUUUAUUCCAAUAAACCUGCCUUCCUGUAACAAUCCUGAGAGCCUGGACCUUAUUUAUUUUAUCUUCUAAACUAGGUUUUGCCAACCCUGGCCCUGAUAAGCACCUGGAUUCCUGAGUGUGAGUGCGGUAUCCUCCGUUUGUGAAUUACUCUGUCUGACAGCAGUCUGCCAUACAAUCUUAUUAAUGCACAAUAGCCCACCAUUAAAUACACAUAGAAGGCAAGUCUAUAGAGUUAUCAACCAUACAAUCACUUGGUUUGGUUUUAUAUAGAUUAUGCAAGAAAGUAACAAAAACUUAAAAAAAAGUAGAAAUGAUACUCAACUUUGAGGUUUCUGCAACCCCCGGGGUUUGCAUCUUCUUCAGUAAGCUCUCCCCACACAAGAAAAUAGUUGUGUACUGUAUAAAGCUUAGGUUGCAUUGGUCCUUUAAAGAUGAAUUAUGACUUUUCAUUGAAAAUCAGUUCGUGAUGAAAGGAUACUAUAGUGCCAGGAAUACAAAGCUGUAUUCCUGGCACUAUCGCUCCCCCCUCCCUCGCACGCCACCGUCCCCACUGAAUAACUGGUUAAAGCCCUUUAUUUACUCACCUGAUCCCAGUGCCAACGUCCCUAGGCGCUGGGCCAUGCUCUGCCUCCUCCUCUGUCCUGCACGAGCAUUAGACCUCCCCAUGGGAAAGAUUUAAAUCAAUGCUUACCUAUGGGGAAAAAUCUGACGCUGGAGGUCUCUCAUGCAGAAUGUGAGGACAUCCAGCACCAGAUACCGGAUCAAAGGUCUGUUUCAAACCAGGAAGCCCUCUAGAGGCUGUUUAGUUCUCUGGAACUGCAAUGUGUUACAUUGCAGCACUAAGGGCAAUAGGGACAGUGAACCCAGACCACUUCAAUGAGCUGAAGUGGUCUAAGUGACUACAUUAUUAUUAUUAUUAUUUUAUUAUUUAUAUAGCGCCAACAAAUUCCGUAGCGCUGUACAAUGGGUGGACUAACAGACACAUAAUUGAGAUCAGACCACUGACGUACAGGAACAGAGGGGGUUGAGGGCCCUGCUCGAUGAGCUUACAUGCUAGAGGGAGUGGGGUAUAGUGACACAAAGGGUUAAAGUAGGGGAAUUAAAUAGUUUGUUACAGAAGGGUUUAUUGAGUGCUUGGUAGGUCAUUUUUGACAGGUGCAGGAACGGAGUCAUGGGUUGGGGGAUGAGAAACCUGCUGACAGUUUAAUUGAUACGCUUUAAUGAAGAAGUGAGUUUUCAAAGAUUUUUUGAAGGAAUGGAGGCUGGGUGAAAGUCUGAUUGAGGAGGGAAGGGAGUUCCACAGAAUAGGUGCAGCCCUGGAGAAGUCUUGAAGGCGAGCAUCAGAGGUGGGGAUCCGGGCAGAGGAUAGGAGUAGGUCUUGGGCUGAGCGCAGGGGUCUCGACGGGACAUACUUGUGUAUGAGGGAGGAUAGGUAUGUUGGAGCAGCAUUAUGUAGGGAUUUGUAAGCAAGCGCCAGAAUUUUGAAUUGGGCCCUAUAUCUAACUGGAAGCCAAUGCAGGGACUGACAGAGCGUGGAGGCGUGGGAGGUGCGACCGGACAGGAAAAUAAGCCUCGCAGCUGUAUUCAUUACAGAUUGCAGCGGUGCAAGCUGGGAACAUGUAAGGCCGGUGAGAAGGGGAUUGCAAUAGUCAAGGCGAGAGAGAACAACAGCAUGGACCAGUACCUUAGCCGCGUCCGGCGUUAGAUAUGGGCGGAUGCGCGCUAUGUUCUUGAGUUGGAAGCGACAGGAUUUGGCUAUCGAUUGAACAUGGGGAGUAAAAGAGAGAUCAGAAUCAAAAAGAACUCCUAGGCAGCGAGCCUGGGAGGUAGAGGUGAUAGUAGCGCCGUUGACUUGGAUGGCGACAGACACAGGAGUAGCAGCACUUGAGGGAGGAAAAACUAGAAGUUCUGUUUUGGACAGGUUGAGUUUAAGGAAGUGAGCAGCCAUCCAGUUGGAAAUAGCAGAGAGGCAGUCAGAAACACGAGUCAAGGUGGGCGGAGAGAGAUCAGGGGAGGACAGGUAGAUUUGCGUGUCAUCUGCAUAUAAAUGGUAUUGGACGCCAAAAGAGCUGACGAGUUUACCAAGGGAGGCAGUAUAGAUAGAGAACAGUAGGGGGCCGAGACAGAACCUUGGGGGACGCCGACAGGGGAGAAGAGGCAGAGCCAGAGAAAGAAACACUGAAGGAGCGCUGGGAGAGGUAGGAGGAGCACCAGGAGAGAGCAGUAUCCCGUAGACCAAAGUUACGGAGAAUGUGAAGAAGCUGUUGAUGAUCAACAGUGUCAAAGGCGGCAGAAAGAUCAAGGAGGAUUAGGAUAGAGUAUUGGCCGCGAGAUUUAGCAGCAAUUAAAUCGUUGGAUACUUUGGUCACAGCAGUUUCGACAGAGUGACCAGCGCGGAAUCCAGACUGAAGGGGGUCAAGCAGAGAGUUGGAUUCAAGAAAGUCUGUCAAUCUGGCGUAGACAACUCUCUCGAGGAUCUUGGAGGCAAAUGGCAGUAGCGAGAUAGGGCGGUAGUUGGAUGGGGAGUUGGGAUCAAGGUUGGGCUUUUUCAGAAUUGGGGUUACGGUUGCAUGUUUGAAGGCAGAGGGAAAUGUGCCAGAGGAAAGGGAGAGAUUGAAAAUGUUAGCGAGAGGAAGAGCAAGAGAGGGAGACAAAGUGCGGAUGAGAUGCGAGGGAAUAGGAUCGAGGGAGCAGGUGGUGGGGCGGGAGGACAGGAGCAGAGCAGAAACCUCUUGUGCUGUAGCAGGUGCAAAUGAGCUUAGGAUGACAGGGGGAGUGGGGUUGGGUGAUGUAUUGAUACUGGUUUGUCCCUUUAACCUUUUUUCAUGUGUAAAUCUGUAUUAUGGAUUUACCAAUUAAAGUGGCAACUCCUACCACCAACACGAGUAUUUCAUAACGAUAACAUCUUUAUUAAAUACUCAUAUUGACUGUGUGUUAGUCUUUUCUGAAAUUGUAUUACCCUUUAAAACCAUGACACUGCUGUCUUUACAGAUAGGGUGAAUUUGAAGGGAAGCUACAAUAUAGCGCCAUCUAGUGAAAAAAUAAGAGGAAGCAAGUCAAAAGACUUAAGAAAUAAUAUGUAUAUUCAGCCACGGGGAGGGACAGCAAAUGCUGCACACUCUCAAAGUUGGAGAGGGAGCCUUGGAGGCUGUUCAUCUGUUCCUGCACGCCUGAGUCCUCUCACCCUUGCAAGCCGAGACUGUCAGAGCAUUGUCGCAGGUUACCAUGGCAACAAAUUGAUGCUGAACUCUUCACACACACACACAUAAAAAAAUACCCAAAUUACAAAUAUACAAGAGUGGUUAGCACUACAUCACACAGUCCACAAUAUUACCAGCAUGCUGAUUCUGUCGGACUGUGUUUCUGAUUAAUACAUACAGUCACCUCCUAGUUCUGCAACCUGCAUCAUAGUAUUUACAAGGCUGUUCUUCACAUUUAAGUUAAAGCCACCUUAUCAAAAUGCUUUAGAUGUCAAAUCGUUUUGAAUAGUUGCUCUGUUACAUAGUAUUGUAUAUGUUCUAUAUUUUUACUAUUUUUUAAGAUGUAGAUUCAGAAGGUAAGAAUGCUGGGUAUUUCCUUUUCACAAUUAUUAUUUUGAGAAAAUGUAAUAAUGUGAGAACUAUUAAAUAUUGCAUUAUUUCAGAGAUGCACCAUUUCAUAGUUUAUUUAUAGCUUUGUAUACUGGACUUGAUGACUGGUACCUUCAUGGGGUUUAACAAAAACAAAUGUAUUAAAGUAACGUUCCAAGCAACAUAACCACUGCAGUGAUGCGAGAGCACUAAUGGCACCAGUGUUCUGUAGUGGUUAUGGUGCUUGGCGUUUUCCUUUAAGGAUGCUGUGUCAUUUUUUUGGUUCAAGUUGAUAUCAGGGGUUAUUUUUCUUUGUUUGUUUUUUCGUUAUUUUUUUUUUGUGGUUCCUAUUGUAUUCUUACAUUUAUUAUAAUUAAUAUUAUCUUAUAGCUAUGAUUUAUUGAAUUGUUCUUGUUUGUUUGAUUUUCAGGGAGAGAAGGGUGACCCAGGAGAGGUAUGUAUUUAGAUAAAUAGCUUAUCUACACAGAGCCGUCUCACCUAAAAUAAGUCAUUCUCCAUACUCUGUCCAUUAUGGUACACGUCCUAGCAUCCAGCUCCAGCAUACAGUGUAAGACCUGCAACUGUUACUAUAUAUGCACUCCUAACUUAUCUUAAUUAAAGACGCAUGUCAUUCCGGUGUUGGAAAAAAACUGCAAAGAACAUAGGACAGUUUUACUCUUUGAGUUGUCAUGUCUUCGUUUAUUAAGAGCUAUUUUCAUCCACCAUGAUUUUAUUGGUCUCAUUCACAUGAAUACAGUGAUUUUUACUGGCAGAUAAGUGUCGUUCUAUAGAAAACUUGCCAAAUGCAAUAGGUCUAGUUUGUGAAUUUACAAGAAUGUCAUUAUUUCUAAGGGCUGUUCCAGUUGCCAUGAAGACAAUCAAAUAGUGAUCCCUGGUCCCCCAGGUCCUGUUGGGCCUCCUGGGCUACCUGGUUCCCCAGGGCUACCUGGACCCCCUGGACCUCCAGGCGAACGAAGUGUUUCUGAAACAAACAUCCCCACAGAGGUUAGUACAAACAGUACAAAUGUAAAACUUUACGUACAUUUAUAUUAUAAUGUUAAUUAUGAUCAAUAAAUCUAUCGAUUUAUUAAUUGAUAUGAUUUUCUAUUAGAGAAAAUCCUCUCUGUAAAUGUCUAUGCUUUCCAAUAUAAAAACCUAUAUUUUCUUUAAGCACAAUGAGAUUGAAAAUGUAUUGCCAUUGCAGAACCACCAUAACUAGAGUUAUUUUUAUAUGAAAUCAAUGUAAAAUUAUAUGCUUUAACGGGACACUAUACAGAACAACUACAGCUUAUUGAAUUUGUUCUGUUAAGUAGAAUCAUUACCGUCAGGCUAUUUGCAGUAAACACUGUCUUUUCAGAGAAAAUGCAGUGUUUACAUUACAGCCUAGUGAUAACUUCAAUGGCCACUCCUCAGAUAACUGUUAGAGAUCCUUCCUGGGUCAUGGCUGCCUAAAAUGCACCCAAACAUUCAGUAUCACCUCCCUCUGCAUGCAGACACGGAACCUUCCUCAUAGAGAUUCAUUGAUUCAAUUAAUCUCUAUGAGGAGAUGCUGAUUGGCCAGGGUCGUGUUUGAAUUGUGCUGGCUCUGCCCCUGAUCUGCCUCUUUGUCAGUCACAGCCAAUCCUAUGGGGAAGCAUUGUGAUUGGAUCAGGCUACCACUUCUGCUGAUGUCAGCAGGCAGUGGGCAGGUCUGAAGGAAAAAGGGACAAAGUAAGCAGCUGCAGACUUGGAUACAAGUACUAUAUUUACGGAGGCAUGAGGGGACCAGGGUGGCUAGAUUGUGGUUUUAACCCUAGGGGGCAGGAAUACAUGUUUGUGUUCCUGACCCUAUAGUGCUCCUUUAACAUUCCACAGGGUGCAACUGCAUUGAGCCCAUAGACCCUUCGGAUCACUGACAUCAUCUUUCAUAGGUUUACAGAAAUAGAGAUACCGAUGAUUUAGGGUCUCCCAUGAUAAUUUCCCACUUCAGGGCAGUAUUGAUUAAAAUAAACAGAUGCUAAUUUUAAUCAUGAUCUAACACUAGGCAUGGUAAAGGCAGGGCUUCCAUAGUACCCUCUUUUAAAUGUAGCAAGGUUUAGACAGAGAUUGACCAGGAUUGUGAGAUCUGUACCACCAACCUCACAGUCUUCUUCCCUCCCACUGAACCAAAUGGCCUUGAAACCUGUGGAUUUCUCAUCCACCUAAACCAUGGUUCGAGUAGAUUGACAAAAAUAAAAGUUGUUUGACAGUCAUUUGAUACUUCCACAUUGUAUUGUAGAAAUAUUAUAAAAAAGUAACAUAUAACAUUUCCAUCUCUAAUCAAUACCAUAAAUGGCAUUAUUGUGGUUGGGAGGUUGACUUUUCUGGAUCUGACACUAAAAACUAUAUGAAGUAACAUUUAAUGGUUUCUUCCCCAUAGGACAGCAGAUCAGACGUAUAUGGCUCCCUGCUCUUUUCUGUGAGUUAAAUCGAUGUUUUUCUGUGCAUUAAUUUACAUAUCAGAAAACCACAUUGACUAUUAUAGUGUCUAUUUAAGGUCUAUCAGUCACAUUAGUCUCAUUACAGGAGCAACUUUAUAAUAAAGGGCCAUACAAAGCUACAAAUACACAAUGGACACAUAUAAGAGAUAGAUAAUAAAUAUUUCAUGGAGUUUUAUGGGCAGGGUGAGAAAAUGGAGCAAUGUAUACACCAUAGGAUAGGAAAGGUGCUAUCUAGGGGAAAAAGAGAAUGGCGUAAAUGACGAGAAGAUGUGGAGAGAAGAAUUGUGUGGCAGAUGAGAAGCUACAGGAAGGACAAUGAGGGAUCUGAAACGAUAAUAAAAUUCUGAAAGAUAAGGAGCGGUGUAGAGCAUGUUGAGAUGGUGGAGAAAGACAUGGAAGAGACAUACACAGAGUCGAUGAAAAUCAUAUGAGAAACUUGAGGAAAAAACGGUGUGGAGCAAAAGGGAGGGCAAUAGUUUAGAGGGUAAAUAUGGUGGAAAGGAUACUUACUGAGAAGAAAAAGAGGUUGGAGAAAAAACACAUAUGAAGGAUAAAGAGAAGGAUCAAUGAAAUGAGAUUGACAUAAGAACAUUGAUGUGAGGAAGGGAAGAUGAAAAUGGGGUAAAGGUUGAAGUAUUUUUACAAUGUAUCUGUGCAUAUGUGAAUUUAAUGCUGUGAUGAUGAGAUAAUACAAUUUUUGUAGACACUCUGUUGCUGAAUAUGUCUUCUUAAAAGAACUGUAGUUGUGACCCUAUUACUAAAUACUUGGAGUUUGAACCAUGUCUUGUUUAAUAAUGAGAUUUUGAAACAAUCCAUUGUUUUUUUAGGGUGUUCCUGGAAGUCCUGGAUUACCAGGCCCACCUGGGCCUCCUGGAUCUCCUGGAGUGGUUUAUGUUAAUGUAAGUUUUGGUCUCUUGGACUCACAGGUCAUUGGACACUGUUCAUUCUCCUCAAUAACUUUAUAGUAGCAGAAAUAAAUGUGGGAAUCUGUAUGUGAAAAGCAAUCCAGGGAAGCUUUUUUUUCUACAAGGCUGUAAGAAAAAAAACUUGUACAGUACAGUAAUCAUAUUAUACAUCGAAAAAUAAAACAGUAAUGUAGUAAUACAGUGUGCUAAACAAUCAAAAAAGACACGGCUGAGAAUAACACAGUAAAGGUAUGAUCUUGGAGGUGGUAAUAAUAUUAUCCAGACACCAAACAAAAAAGGCUGGGGUUUUUUCAAUUUGAAUUUUUUUUUUUUUUUUUUUGUCAGAACAGAAGGGGAGGGGUACAAAAAGGAAGAAGGGGGGUGCAAGGUAUUUAAUCAAAUUAUCACAAUUACACUGUGUGUUCACUAUGGUUACACAAUAUACUUAAUCUCACCAAUAAUCAGAUAUUGAGGCUGGACAAUACAAAUACAAAAAAAUUGCUGUAACAGUGUGGGUGCCAGUACAAAUCUGUCUCUAUACACCUCUCGAUUGGUUCGGUGCUCUGUGGGCCUAGAGUGUGAGAAGAGUCGUUUCUAAACGGAAAGAAAUACUUUAGGGGAUGUGUCGCAGUCCGACAACUUACAUAAUGAGACCCUGAGUACUCUUGGGUACACAAACGGGUUUCAACUGUGGUACCAAUGAUAUCUGUCAAAUGCCUAAGUGUGGAUUCAACCGAGUACAAUGUAACAUAAUAUGUUGUAACAUAGUAUAUGGUAACCUAGUAUGUUAGGGUGCCAAUCUCCAUGCGCUUCACUGCUACCAGGUGAGGCUCUUCUUUUUAAUAAGCUUGCAGUCACUACUCUGCUUAUGAAAAUAAAAAGAGAGGGUGAGGAAUAGAACUAGGCCCUAAUACCUAUUUACAUAUUGUGCCAAGGCACAGCCCUAGGCUAAGAAACCGAAGAGUAAAUGAGGAAGUAAGAGUGGGCCACAAGGAGCAGAGGCAUCUAGAAGAUGGAAGACACAUUUUAAAAAAUAUCCCAGGAGGUUAUAGUUCCCUUUUCGCUAUUUUGAAUUAAAAUUUCAAAAUUCACUGUGAAUUCUCAAAAAUUCACAGUGUAGCGGAUAAGCCUUUAAGCAUUUGUUUAUUCCUGAUUUAUUUUCACAAACAAUGCUACAUUUUAUAUGUCUGUCCCUUUAUAUUUCUAGCUGUAACCUUCUGUGGGGAAUUAAGAUCAAAGUACUUUUGCUGUCCUCUUUACAUUUCUAAUUUUCGCAUUCACACUGCCUAAUUAUUCUUCAAUGCAUUCUUCAAUUCUUCAAUGCCUUAAAUACAUGUCUGACCUAACGGUUCAAAAACAAGUAAGUGGUGCUAACUGUGAGAAUGCAUGUCUUUGCAGAGAGUGUACCCAGUUCCUCCUCGGCCCCAUUGCAAGCACUCGGUAAGUUGACAAAGCAGUCACCAGUAGCUGUGCGUGGUGGAGCUAAGCACAAAUUGGAUUCUGCAUAGGGUUAAAGGGACACUAUAGGCUCUGCAGCUGCGUCAUCUCAUUGAGGUGGUCACAGUGUCUGGAUUCCUUUGGUGCUGUCAGUGUUAAACCGUUUUAAUGUUUUAAUGUUAAACAAGAGUCCCCAGCAGCCUGCUUGGAUUAAUGAGGAAGCAUUAGCCUGAGAAGCAAUUGGGCAGCUGUGAUUGGCUUUCAGCUUAUCACAGCACUCUUUGCUGGGAUGAAUUAGUAUAAUAAGAAGGAAGUGUGUAAUCUCUGCUUUAGCUACAACUCCAGUAGGGGCUGGACUGUGUGUGGCCAUAGACUCUUAUUAAGAGUUAAAAGGGACACUCAAGGCACCCAGACCAUUUCUUCCCAUUGGAGAGGUCUGGGUGCCAACUCCCAUCACCCUUUUUAUAAACUGUAAUAAUUACCUUGCAGGGCUAAGUACUUCUCUAGUGGCUGUCUGCCAGACAGCCACUAGAGGAACGUCCGGGUUCUUAAAAUGACGUUUUAAACGACGCUGGACUUCCUAACGCUAUGCAUGAGGACCUCUAGUGUCGCUGGAAUCCCCAUAGAAAAGGAGAGGGGAAGGGAGGGAGAGGAACCUGCAGUUCCAGGGAAAAGGAUAUGUUUUCCUGGCACUGGAGAGUCCCUUUAAACUGCUUGAAAAUGGUUUAACACUGAAUGGAGGGAGAGCAGCAGCGGACGCCAGGCAUUACAACAAUUACAAUUACCAUUAUGUAUAUAGCGAUAAAAUGGCCAUGCCUACAAUGUUCCUUUUAAAAGCAUUUUGUAAGGACACAGACUUUGAUAACUUUUAACGACUUUUGGUCGUCUAAACGACGCUGGACGUCCUCAUGCUUUGUUACAAAGAUUAGAUUUUACAGUUUUAGGAUUGGGAACAGAUCUACCAGCCUUAUUUAUUUAUAAACACCUGCAAACCAGUGUUCACUGUCUUUAAUUUAUGUAGGUACCCAAAACUGAAUCAGUGGAUACAGGUAAGAUAGUCACCCCUUUAGCCUUGCUUCAUUUUCUUGUCAUUCUUUCUUUUCUUCAUUAAUAUUAAAUAUUUCCUGCUAUGUCUAUCUCACACUUGAUUCUGACCCAUGUUUGCUACAUGCUUAAUGACUUGUGUUUUUCCCAAAGUCUCUGUUCCAGUUUCUGACGAAGCCCAGAAAUAUCUGAAGGUAAUAUAACUUUAACACCAACCAGUCUUCCAUUAUUCUAUGUUAUCCCAUGCUUUUCAGUAUUAAAUCAGAGGGCAGUUUCAUAGAGUACACAAUAUGUAUUUGGUUCGGUUUAAUAACAUGUAUCUAAUGACAAAAAGUAGCCUAUUAUACAAGGCAAUAAUUAGCAUAAACUUAUAAAACAGUCAACUAUAAUAUGCAAUAAGAGCUGAAAAGCACUUGCUACAUUAAACGUAUUCUCCAGUGCCAGGAAAACAAACCUGUUAUCCUGGCACUAGAGAAUCCUGGAGUGCCGCCCUCCCUCCUGCCCCCCAUCCCACGUCGCUGAAGGGGUUAAAACCCCUUCAGACACUUACCUGAAUCCAGUGUCAUCCAUGCUCCUCAAUGGCCGCGUGCACGCAUUAGACCUCCCCAUAGGAAAGCAUUAUUUAAUGCUUUCCUUUGGUGAUUCCGGCGAUGCUGAAGGUCCUCAUGCAUAGCGUAAGGGCGUCCAGCGUCGUUUAGGCGACCAAAAGUUGUCUAAGAAGCCGGAAGUCCCUCUAGUGGCUGUCUGGUAUUCAUAGUGGUAUUUGGCUUUACGGCCACUGGCUGGCCGAGUCGUGGUGUCGUGGUGGUGAUCAUAGGGAUUGUAUUAUUAACCUGGUCCAAAUACAUAUGCGUGUAUGUUUCUUUAAACAUAUUCACAUUCAAUGGUGUAAUAAGGGGGGGGCGGAGGGGGCGGUCCACCCCAGGUGCCACUGGGUGGGGGGUGACAUGACCCCCAUGGUCUGGGAGCUGGAGGGGGCUGUGUGAGCUGUACGGCUGCACAGUGCCCCAUGGUAGUUAGGUUGCCGGGCGGCCAGAACAGCUCACACAAGCAAAGAGCAGCUGAACUGGCCGCAGGGAAUGAAAGUGGGGGCGGGACUAAGCAAAAUCGGGGGCAGAGAAAAAUCGGCAGCGGGGGCUGCUGUUACAUGGAGGUGCAGCAAGAAGGAAUCCCUGCUCCUCCACCUAACAGGCUUCAGGGAAUCCACUCCUCCUCCAGCUCCUGUCUAUAAGUAAUAGUGUGUGUGUGUGUGUGUGUGUGUGACUGUAUGUGUAAAACUGUCUGCCUGUAACUGUGUGUGUGUAACUGUCUUCCUGUAAGUGUGUGUGUGUGUGUGUAACUGUCUGCCUGUAACUGUGUGUAAUUGUGUGUGAAUUGCAUGCCUGUAAGAGUGUGUUUGUGUGUGUGUGUGUGUGUGUCUGCAUGCCUGUAACUGUGUGUGUGUGUGUGUGUGUGUGUGUGUGUCUGCAUGCCUGUAACUGUGUGUGUGUGUCUGUCUGCCUGUAACUGUGUGUGUGUGUGUGUGUCUGUAUGUCUGCCUGUAACUGUGUAUCUGUGUGUGUGUGACUGCAGGCCUGUAACUGUGUGUGUGUCUGUCUGUCUGUAACUGUGUAUAUCGUGUGUGUGUGUGACUGCAUGCCUGUAACUGUGUGUGUGUCUGUCUGCCUGUAACGGGGGUGUGUGUGUGUGUGUGUGUGUGUGUGCCUGUGACUGUGAUGUUGCCUGUAACUGUGUGUGUGACUGUAACUGUGUAUGUGUGUGUGACCCUGUGACUGUGAGUGUGUGUCUGUCUGUCUGUAACUGUGUAUGCGUGUGUGUGUGUGACUGCAUGCCUGUAACUGUGUGUGUGUCUGUCUGCCUGUAACGGGGUGUGUGUGUGUGUGUGUGUGUGUGUGCCUGUGACUGUGUGAUGUUGCCUGUAGCUGUGUGUGUGACUGUAACUGUGUAUGUGUGUGUGACUCUCUGCCUGUGACUGUGAGUGUGUGUCUGUCUGUCUGUAACUGUGUAUGUGCGUGUGUGUGUGUGACUGCAUGCCUGUAACUGUGUGUGUGUCUGUCUGCCUGUAACGGGGUGUGUGUGUGUGUGCGUGUGUGCCUGUGACUGUGUGAUGUUGCCUGUAAAUGUGUGUGUGACUGUAACUGUGUAUGUGUGUGUGACUCUCUGCCUGUGACUGUGUGUGUGACUGCCUGGCUAUGACUCUGUGUGACUACCUGUGUGUGUGACUUUGUGACUGUCUGCAUGUGACUAUGUAUGUGUGACUGUCUGCCUGACUGUUUGGUGUUGCCUGUAACUGUGUGUGACUAUCUGUCUGUGACUGUGUGCAUGUGACUGUCUGCUGCUGCCUUUUACUGUGUGUGUGAAUGUAUAUGUGAUUGUCUGCCUGUAACUGUGUGCAUGACUGUCUCUGUCUGUAUGUGUGACUGUCUGCCUGUAACUGUGUGUGACUGUAUGCCUGUAACUGUGUGUGUGUGUGACUGUCUGCCUGUAAAUGUGUGUGUGUGGGGCUGCAGGGAUUUUGUAGAAGGGGACAGGGGUUUUGUAUUGGGACAGGAGUCUUUAUAAGGGGAUUUGUGGAAGGGGGAUUGCAGGGGUUUUGUAGAUGGGGGCAGUACAGGAUUUGUAGACGGGGCGGGACAGGAGUUUUGUAGGAGGGGGCGGGGCACACAAGGGUUUUGUAGAAGGGGUCUGACAGCGGUUUUGCAAAGUUUCCAAAUUUGUUCAAUACAUAAAAAAAACUUAAAAAAGGAAAACAUUUUUAAAAUGUUACAGGUUUUGGGGUUUUUUGGGGUGAGGGGAUCUGCCCCGGGUGCCAAAUGCUCUAGGUAUGCCCCUGUUCACAUUGGAUAUUUUAGGUAUGUUUGUCAGAUUUCCUGUGGUAUUGGUGUACUAUUCAUGUAUGCAGAGUACUCCUAUUUUCAAGGUUCCAAAACUAUGUUUUUAUGUAUGUAUUAAAAAGGCUUGAACAUUUACAGAAUGUUGAGAUUUGCUAUUAAUACAACAAGGAUUCACCAAUGUUCCAGGUAGAGAGUUUCAUCUUCCAGACUAAAAAGGAGAUGAUUGAGGCAUGGGAAGAGGUAACAGAAGGCAGCUUGGCAUAUGUACGGGAGCAGAACGGUGCCUUCUUCAGGACUAAUGUAGGAUGGAGCAAAAUAGUGGUAAGUUCCAAGCAUUUUGCACAUUUCUUUGUCAGUUAAUGUUAAAGGAAUGAGAACUAACGAGGAUGGUAAUCCCCUAAAGAUAGGAGGAAAAAACAGCCCCACAGGGAGUACCUCUAGAUAAAAUACAAUAUAGGGUAAAAGGUUUAUUGAGAAAAGCACAUACUAUACAUAAAAAAAUACAAAAAAGGUGCUCGUGCAACCUAGAAGUGAUUAUAGAAAAGUGUACAGAAGGUGAUGGUAGAAUGACUGCUGAAUCUCUAUCCAAAAUCCAAAAGUGUACCUCAGAAACGUGCGUCGAGCUGUCAAUGCAUGUACUUUGCUUUUAUUUACACUUGAUUUGAUUCACGGUGAUUUGACUCUGAUACCUAACUUCUCCUAUUACUACAUAUAACCUUUCCCUAUACCUCCACCUAUUACUCCAUAUAACCUCUCCCGAUAACUCCUCCUAUUACUCCAUAUAGCCUCUCUCUAUAACUCCUCCUAUUACUCUAUAUAACCUCUCCCUAUAACUCCUCCUAUUACUCUAUAUAACCUUUCCCUAUACCUCCACCUAUUACUCCAUAUAACCUCUCUCUAUAACUCCUCCUAUUACUCCAUAUAACCUCUCUCUAUAACUCCUUCUAUUAAUCUAUAUAACCUCUCCCUAUAACUCCUCCUAUUACUCCAUAUAUCCUCUCCCUAUAACUCCUCCUAUUACUCCAUAUAACCUCUCUCUAUAACUCCUCCUAUUACUCCUAAUUACUCCAUAUAACCUCUCCCUAUAACUCCUCCUAUUACUCCAUAUAACCUCUCUCUAUAACUCCUCCUAUUACUCCAUAUAACCUCUCCCUAUAACUCCUCCUAAUACUCCAUAUAACCUCUACCUAUAACUCCUCCUAUUACUCCAUAUAACCUCUCCCUAUAACUCCUCCUAUUACUCCAUAUAACCUCUCCCUAUAACUCCUCCUAUUACUCCAUAUAACCUCUCCCUAUAACUCCUCCUAUUACUCCAUAUAACCUCUCUCUAUAACUCCUCCUAUUACUCCAUAUAACCUCUCCCUAUAACUCCUCCUAUUACUCCAUAUAACCUCUCUCUAUAGCUCCUCCUAUUACUCCAUAUAACCUCUCCCUAUAACUCCUCCUAUUACUCCAUAUAACCUCUCUCUAUAACUCCUUCUAUUAAUCUAUAUAACCUCUCCCUAUAACUCCUCCUAUUACUCCAUAUAACCUCUCCCUAUAACUCCUCCUAUUACUCCAUAUAACCUCUCCCUAUAACUCCUAUUACUCCAUAUAACCUCUCUCUAUAACUCCUCCUAAUACUCCAUAUAACCUCUCCCUAUAACUCCUCCUAUUACUCCAUAUAACCUCUCUCUAUAACUCCUCCUAUUACUCCAUAUAACCUCUCCCUAUAACUCCUUCUAUUACUCCAUAUAACAUCUCUCUAUAACUCCUCCUAUUACUCCAUAUAACCUCUCCCUAUAACUCCUCCUAUUACUCCAUAUAACCUCUCCCUAUAACUCCUCAUAUUACUCCAUAUAACCUCUCCCUAUAACUCCUCUAAGUUACUCCAUAUAACCUCUCUCUAUAACUGCUCCUAUCACUCCAUAUAACCUCUCUCUAUAACUCCUCCUAUUACUCUAUAUAACCUCUCCCUAUAACUCCUCCUAUUACUCUAUAUAACCUCUCUCUAUAACUCCUCCUAUUACUCCAUAUAACCUCUCCCUAUAACUCCUCUUAUCACUCUAUAUAACCUCUCUCUAUAACUCCUCCUAUUACUCCAUAUAACCUCUCCCUAUAACUCCUUCUAUUACUCCAUAUAACCUCUCCCUAUAACUCCUUCUAUUACUCCAUAUAACCUCUCCCUGUAACUCCUACUAAAUCACAUAACUGCCAACUAUAACUAUUUGCUAAUGUUUAUUGUUACCAGUUACAGGAUUCUGACUCCAAUCUCCCAGCAGAUGAGCCAUUUGAGCAUGGUGAAUUUACAGUGAGUACAGUAUUACAAUCAUUUAUUUUCAAACACUCACACAGUAACACGUGACGUACUUUACUGCAUGGAAGUUAUUUACUAAGCACUGCAUCUACAAAACUGCAACAUUUGAUUACAAUAUUCAGAUUUCAUUAAAAAUCCUGUAUCUACAAAUGCUGACAGCAUUCUAUGUAUAAAUUAGACUCCUAAAAUUGCAUAUAAUUUAAUUAGAGCUAAUCUGUGUCUUAUGAAAAAAGGUCAAAUCCAGUAAUUCCAGCAACAAUUGGUGAUUAACUGUAAGGUGAUCAGGGCCCAGUGUUAAACCAUUAAACCAUUCAAAAACAGCUUGCCUCUGAAUAGAGGGAUGGCACCAGUACACUCCAAUGACACUCCAAUGACAUAUAGUGGUUACACCACCUAGAGUGUCCCUUUUAAUUACAAUAACGUGAAUACCCUGAAACUGUUUGUAUACCACGGUAACAUCAUGGGAUGAGGAAAAGAGAAAGGUUGUAGGUGUCUUCCUUGUUAUAGGGGUUUUUGGUGGUCCUUUUACCCUUUAAUUGUAUUUUAAUAUAUUUAUAUUAUAUUUUUUCACUUCUUACAGCUUUAGAAUUUUUGGUAUAGUUUGUAGAUAACUUGUGCAAGGUUUAAUAGUGCUUGCAUUAACAUAUUGCAAUAGGAUAUAUGUUUUCUUUAUGAAAGUACACAUCUGUCUUGUUCUAUUUUGCCACUUUUUAUUUAUCUCCUUCUGUAUAUAGAUUGAUGACCCUCCGAGUCUAGUUGACAUUGCACCAGUGUAUGAAGAGCCUCAGGAUCUAUUUGAGAUUGCAUCCGUCCCACCCAGUGUCCGUGCCAGAAUUCCAUCUGUAAGAAUAACUUGGUUCUAUGAUCUGUCUGUUGCUCCUUGAGGGACUGUUGCACAAAAAGGGAGUUAUUUAAAAAAUAAAUAAAAAGUUGUCGCGCUUCAUAUAAACUCUCCUCCUUUAGACCAAUGUUUGUCUCUGGUCACUAUUUAAAGGAGCACUAUAGGGUCAGGAACACAAACAUGUAUUCCUGACCCAAUAGGGUUAAAACCACAAUCUAGCCACUCUGGUCCCCUCAUGCUUCCCUAAAUAUAGUAAAAUUUUACUUGUAUUCAAGUCUGCAGCUGCAUGCUUUGUCCCUGUUUCCUUUAGACCUGCCCACUGCCUGCUGACAUCAGCAGAAGUGGUAGCCUGAUCCAAUCACAAUGCUUCCACAUAGGAUUGGCUGAGACUGACAAAGAGGCAGAUCAGGGGCAGAGCCAGAACAAUUCAAACACAGCUCUGGCCAAUCAGCAUCUCCUCAUAGAGAUGAAUUGAAUGAAUGAAUCGGUUCAGUGUCUGCAUGCAGAGGGAGGAGAUACUGAAUGUUUGAAUGCAUUUUAGGCAGCCAUGACCCAGGAAGGAUCUCUAACAGCCAUCUAAGGAGUGGCCAGUGAAGUUAUCACUAGGCUGUAAUGUAAAUACUGCAUUUUCUCUGAAAAGACAGUGUUUACAGCAAAAGGCCUAAAGGUAAUGAUUCUACUCACCAGAACAAAUUCAAUAAACUGUAGUUGUUCUGGCGACUAUUAUUUAUUUAUUUAUAAAAUAUUUUAUUUAUAAAAUAUUUUACCAGGAAAGAUACAUUGAGAGUUCUCUCGUUUUCAAGUAUGUCCUGGGUCCACAAAUCAUUGCAUUGUUACAUUAGGGUACAAUAAAAUACAAAAACAAUAUUAAUACACAAUAAAUACAACAUUUAACAUAGAACAGGUAGGAAAUAUAUAAUCAACCAUGACAGGUGCAUUCUGUUUUGAGGUAUGUAGAGAGGGAUCUCUUAAAGGACUUUAGGCUUAGGGAUGAUUUUAAAUUGUGCGGGAGGUCGUUCCACAAUUGCGGUGCUCUGUAGGAGAAGGAGGAUCGGGCCGUUUUCUUUUUGUAUUGAGGUAGACUAAGUAAAGUGUGGGUACCGGAUCGGAGCUUAUAGGAAGUGGGAACAGCCGGGGAAAGCAUUUUGUUCAGGUAGGGUGGGAGUUUCCCAGAAAAGCUCUUAAACACAAGGCUGGAAAGAUGAAGGGUGCGUCUGGAUUCCAGCGACAGCCAGUUUAAUUCUUUUAGCAUGUCACAAUGGUGGGUCCUGUAAUAACAUUGUAGCACAAAUCGGCAGAACGAGUUAUACAAUGUAUUCAGUUUAUUAAUGUGGGAUUGCAAUGCAGAUGCAUAUACUACAUCCCCAUAAUCAAUGAUUGGCAUCAGCAUUUGUUGUACAAUCUUUUCCUUUACUGUAGGGCUUAGGCAGGAUUUGUUUCUGUACAGGGCACCUAGUUUUGGAUAAAGUUUAGAUGCAAGCUUUUCUAUGUGCAGGCCAAAAGAUAGAUUGGGGUCUAACAUCAUACCCAAGUAUUUGAAAGAGUGGACUGCGGUCAGUGUGCCAUUUGAAUUUGUUUUGAUGGAUAGGUGGGAAUUGUGUAAUUUGUGUAAUUUAGGUACUGUUCCAAAGAUCAUUGUGACAGUUUUGUCAGUGUUCAGGAAGAGUUUGUUUUUUGCGAUCCACCUUUCUACCUCUGUAAACUGGUCUUGGAGCACAGCCUCAAGUUGCGGUAGAUCGGAUUUGCUCGCAUAGAUUACUGUGUCAUCUGCGUACAUGUGUACAUUUGAGGAUUGGCAGACAUUAGGCAGAUCAUUUAUAAAUAAUUUAAAUAGUAGGGGGCCGAGUAUGGAACCCUGGGAACACCUCAUGUGACUGGGAGAGGGAGGGAGUCGCUGUCAGAAAUGGACACAUAGUGUCCCUUUAAACAUCUAUCCAAGGUCUUUGCUCUGAUAUUAAUCAUUUAUUACUCUAACUAUUUAAUCCAGAUAUCUGCCUCAACUUUCUCUAAUUUAACCUGUGGUAUGUUUUAAUCUUCUGGUAUGGCUUUCCUUCAUGUAUUUCUUCUGAUGUUACUCCAUGUUCCUUUCUCAUUCACACAACAGCUCCGUCUAGUGGCUCUCAAUGUCCCACUCUCUGGAGAUAUGAGUGGGAUUCGAGGAGCCGACCUGCAAUGUCAUCGACAAGCCCAAGAGAUUUCCCUCUAUGGAACAUUUAGAGCCAUCCUCACCUCUUCAACUCAAUUGCUUUCCUCCAUCGUGAAGAAGACAGACCGAGGCCUACCUAUUGUUAACUUAAGGGUAAGCUCUUUUGGUUCAAUCACAAAAACAGUCACACCACAGUGAAUAUGAAAUAUAUGAAUUAUCCCUGUGUUUUUCAUAGGGUGAAAUCCUUAUGAAGAACUGGAAUUCCCUUCUGGAUAUUAAGACCCCUGUAUCGUUUAAGCCAGGUGUUCCUAUUUACUCCUUCAAUGGAAGGGACAUCAUGAAUGACCCUCUCUGGUGAGCAAAUUCUGUCUGACUAUGUGGCCACAUUGUUAGUUUCUCUUUAGUUUCACUGCUGCUUCAUAUGUUUUAUUAUAGGAACACUCCAAGAACCAUAGCCACUACAUAAUGCUGUAGUGGUUAUGGUGCCGCAAAACUAUCUUCCAUAAUGCAGGACUUACCAUGCAUCGCUUUCCUUCCAAGGCCCUAAUACAUGAAUCAGAUACCACUCACAUAUCAUCAACUGUCUUCCCCACUUUCUUUUAUCUCAUUCAUUUUCUCAGAAUCUUAAGUCUUCCCUAUUUAUCAAGCUUGCAAUUUAUUUCUCCACUAUUGCUCCAUAUCAUUCCUCCUUCAUCUAACAUUAUACAAGGGACCCACCUACACUGCCUUUCUCGUUUCCCCAUCACCACCAUAUUUUCUUUGUCUCCUCCAGGUCUCACAAAGCAUUCUGGCACGGCUCCAGCCAAAGAGGUACUCCUGUUCGUAACAGAAACUGCAGAGAAUGGAGAAGUCGCAGUAAAGUGGAAGGCCUGGGUUCAGCCAUUACCGGGAGAUGGCUAAUGGAUCACGACUCCUACAGCUGCUCCCAAACACUUGCUGUCCUAUGUAUAGAAAUAGCUUUCCCUUACCAUUACAUGUGGUGAGCAUGAGAUAAAGACUCACAGCGGAGGGAAAACCUGCACAUCCAUUUCCUAAAAACCCUUUUCAUGCUUAGUGCUAAAACUCCUUGAUAUGUAUCUUACAUCCCCCAAGUUCUGACUUUGUUAAAGACUCGAGUUACAACAAUCGGUCUAGAACACCCUAUUAGUUCAAUAUCAACAAAAUGGCAUUAUAUUUCUUAUAUCUUCUUCAAUAUUAUUGUAUGUUAUAUCUAUUAUUAUAUUCCAGUGAAUGGAAUUUAAGCUAGUAUUUUGUUUAAAAGUGUUAAAUAAUGUAUUUGUAUCGGUCAUCAGUCCUUAUCUUAUUGUCUAUCAAUAGUAACUGAUGGGAUUUUUAAUAUAGCAAUAGCCUUGACAUCUUUCUACAGCCAUCCCACUCUGGUGCUAUAUUGGUUUAUAUACCUUUGUAUCCUCUGUACUUGAUUCAAUUACAUCUACAAAGGAUGCCCUGAGAGUUAGGAUGUUUACAAUGCUGUAACCAGCUAUUAAUUAACAGUCCAUUUUUAUGUUACCAUUACUCCAGCCCCCCUUUAUUAUAUAUAUACAAAAAGCAGAGGAUAAAUCAACCUUUAAAAGAAUGGACGUAGUGUUACUAUACCACAUACAAGAGUGAAUUUAAAGCAGAUGUGUCACUAUCUGGUGACUUUGCAAAAUUUGCAGCACAUGCGCGGGAGUACAGAAUUGAGAUCUAUGGAUGAUUUCGCAAGAUAACUUGUGGUGGCUCAGGGAAGUGAUAUGGCUUGACAGCAGCGGUAGCUCCACCCAGUGUCAGGCGUAGGAAAAAUACUGAGACAAAGUAGUCCCUACUUUGUCUCAGUACACCUUUUAACUUGGUUGGUAUUUCCAUGAAAUUCCAACACAGUCAAUAUAAGUAUUUCAUAAAGAUUUUAUCUUUCUGAUAUACUCAUUUUGCAGGUGGCUGUGACAAUGCUGCGUUAAAGGGAGUUUGGAAUGGGUAUAGUUAGUACAAUUCACAUUUUCAUGAGUGAUUCCUCUUUAAGAAUUUCCGUUUACUUAAAAAUUGCCAAACGUGAGUCUUACAUAGUGAGUCAAUAUAUAUUACAUGAAACAUGUGCAGAAACUGCACCUCUUCCUUUAUAUACUUCUCACAUUUUAUUUUUAUUCUUUUUUUUUUUACAACAUUGUCGUUUCCAUUGUAUAUAAAAUGAUGCAAAGGUGUAGCAUUUCUUUCUGACAAAUUUGCUGGCUUUCUGUGACGAGUAAACAGCUUUCACAUGUAUAAAAAAAAAAACAAAACUUCAAAUUGUGAAUGUAAUUAAUGUUAAAAUAAAUAGUAAAAAUAAGGAGCUGAAAUGGCAGAAUAUGCCACUACAGAAAAGGCUGAAAAGAGGCACCGAUCUAUAAAGGGUAGAACAACUUUUUAAGACAUUACAAAAUGGUGCAUGCGCACAAAACAGGUGCUGAUGUAAAAGCGAGCAUGACACAUUUUAUUCAUAACCCCUAAUGUAUUGAUCUUGAGUUCUCAGUGAGAUAUAUUGCCUAUAUAUGCAUUCACCCCACGGAGGUUUGUGCCCCUGUACCUCCCUCACCA